CUCUUUCACACUUUGCUCGAUCUUUUUUUCCUGCCCAGAAUGACCGGUAAACUAGCUGGAAAGGUCGCCAUUAUCACCGGCGCGGCAUCCGGCUUUGGCAAGGGAAUUGCCACCAAGUUUGUUCAAGAAGGAGCAAAAGUCCUGAUAGCAGAUCUCUCCGAGCAAGCCGGACUUGAAGCGGCUCAUCAACUUGGUUGCAGCUUUGCUACAGCGGACGUCACCAGUCGAGACGAUUGGAAGACACUCUUAUCCAAAACUAUCGAGGAGUUCGGUGCCUUGGACAUCGUUGUCAAUAAUGCAGGUGUCACCUAUCCCAACAAAGAAACAGAGGCUGUCACGGACAAGGAGUACGAUCUGGUCAUGAACGUCAAUGUCAGGUCGAUUUACAUUUCUACAAGCGUCCUGUUGUCCUACUUCUUGGAAAAUCAACGGCCUGGGUGUUUUAUUCAAGUCAGCUCCACAGCGGCAACUCGUCCGCGGCCAAGGCUCACUUGGUAUAACGCCUCCAAGGCCGCAGUCAACAAUGCCACUAAGACUAUGGCUGUGGAGUAUGGACCGCACCAGAUACGCUUCAACACUGUCUCGCCCGUUGUUGGGAGCACCGGAAUGCAAGUUAUAUUCAUCCUGACUGGCUGCGUAUUAGAAAGGCGGAUGGUGUUAACUGGUUUAGCCGACUUUGUUGCUACCAUCCCGCUCGGGCGCGGGUCGACCCCGGCAGACGUUGGCAAUGCCUGUUCUUAUCUCGCCAGCGACGAAGCAUCAUUCAUCACUGGUGUCAAUCUCGAGGUUGAUGGUGGACGUUGUGUAUAG